AGGCAACUCAGCUCAAACGCACGACGGCGCUUGCACGAAACGGACGCGAACGCGCAAUUCGGAACAUUCAAACGGGACAUUCACUUUUCGCGCCAAACGGUACGAAAAACACAAUAUUUGAAUCUCACUCGAAAACAACUUAAAAAAAAAAAAAUACUGAAAAUAAAGUUGCGAAAAAAGCUCCAAAACAGUUAUUCACAUACAUAUGUUGAGUGUAAUUUUGAUUAAUUUGGAUGUUUGAGUGGAAAAAUCAGCGCGCAAAAUUUUGCUAAAUAUAAAUCAAAAUACAAAAAGUGCAUAAAUUUCUGUAUACAAGCCAAGUGUUUCGGUGUGUGCGAGUGUGUGUGUGUGUGUAUGCUGAUACAAUUUAUCGAUCAAAUACAUAAAGCCGCAUAUUAACCGGCCCCGCGAGCACAUUAACUUGCCUUUCUUUUUUUUUUAUUGUUGUUGUUGUUGAUUUUAUUUUCCAUGGAUAUUGACCAAGAAACGGCCACGUUUAUUUAGUGAGGCAGCCCGAAAUCCCCGCCAGCCCCUAGACGAGGGGGGCCUGAAAAACAGUUAAUGCGAAUUAUGCACUCGCAAGUGCAAUCAUCACAACAACAGCAGCAACAAGAGCACCAAAUGCAUUGUGCACCCACUUCUUAAGUAUACGAAACACCACCAUAACAACAACAACAACAACAACAACAACCACAAGAAGCACCACAGUCAUAAGCCACAUUCAGUCGCAAGUCCUGGCAAAAUGGUGGACGACAUUUCGCCCAUGCAUCAUCGCAUGCAGAAGAAGACGCGCAGCGCCUCGAUCUGUGCCACGGGGGGCAGCAUCGAGACGGUCAUCCAGAAUAUGCCCUCGGGCAGUGCCACGCCCGAGGGCGGCACGCCCGGCUACAGACGCCGCCGGCCCGCCACUCGCUCCCAAAGCGCACGCAUCACCUCGGGCGCCAGAUCGGUACGUCGACGCACCCAGGCACAGCAGCAGCAGCAGCAACAAACCACGCUGCAGGAGACGCGCCCCUAUUGCACCAGCGAGCCUCGUCUCAGCGAAACGGAGACGCCCCCGCAGCGCCGGAAGCUCUCCCAGCGCCGGCCGCAGCCACACGGGCAUAGAAAAUCGAACGCCUUCCUGGACGUGCCCACAAUGAACAUGCACCAUCUGAGAGUGAACGAUGACGACGAGGAUGUGGAUCGCCUGCGCACAUUUAGUGCAUCCAAAGGAGGCAUCAUCAAUCGCGGCGACUCCUUCCGCAGACGUCGCUCGCGCAGCAACAGCCUCGCGCCGGUUAGUCCCAUGCAUCCGCGUAAUGCGAUGGCCGGUCUUAACGGUGCCGGCGGCGGCGGCAGCAGUCUGGGGCUGGGCAACAAUUACAAUGGCGGCAGCAGCAAUGGCUUCGCAGCCAGCUCCGGCCAGGAUAAUCAUCAGCCGGUGGAAUUCUAUCGUGUCGAGAUGCUCGGCUCGCCCGGUGUCGGCAAACAGGCGCUCGUUUCCCAAUUUCGCACCUCCGACUGCAUCAAUGCCUACGAUGGACCAGAGUGCGAUGAGGACGAGCAAAACAUUUCAAUUAUUCUGAAUGGCACCGAGUCGGAGCUGAAGUUCCUCACUGGCAAUCCGGAAAGCAAGGAGGAACUGGAGCAGGCGGAUGCAUUUCUGGUCGUCUAUUCCUGCAUUGACAAGGAGUCCUUUACGCGUGCCAAACAGAUCUUAUCGCGUUUGCAGGACAUGGACUUGCUGCGCCAUCGACCCACCAUUUUGGUGGCAAACAAAAUUGAUUUGGCCAGAUCACGCGCCGUCUCAGCGCAGGAUGGUAAAUGCGUGGCCUGCACCUUUGGCGCCAAGUUCAUUGAGGUAUCGGUGGGCAUUAACCACAACUGUGAUGAGCUGCUCGCCGGCACUUUGACCCAGAUACGCCUGAAGAAGGAUCACAAUCUAUUGCAGCUGAAUCCGAAAAAGUCGAAAGACAAAACUAAGUUUAAAGAUAGCAAAGACAAGCACUUAGAGACUGUAGAAACUGAUAAAUGUCUGACAUUGACUGAUCUUAAGGCCGACGAUGCGGGUCCCCGGGAUGGCAGCUCGCCGGCGCAUUGGUAUAAGAGCCGCAGCGUAAUGCUGGCCAGCAUGAAGGCGCGACAGAUGCUCACCUGGAUACUGGGCAAGGAGGACUCCAAGUUCAAGCAUUGCGAGAAUCUGCAGGUGCUCUAAACACAAUAUCAUAUAUCUAACUGCAUCGGCUCAACAAUAAAAAAAAAAAAGUAAAACACCAAAUAAAUAAUGCUUCAAGUUAUGCGAGUAUGUGAAAUGUAAAAUUUAAGUGUAUAUGUAAUAUGUAACUCUAUGAUAAAAAACAAAAAAGAAGAAUAAUAAUAUGUGAAUAUUUAUAAAACCAACAAAAGAACCAGCUAAACAUAACCUUAAAAUGUAAACAGGUUUCGAUAUUUCGAUGACCACCAAACCCACACACACACACACACACACACACACACACACUGACACAUACACAGCAAUGUCCUUUAACUGUAAACAACAAGAAGCCUGAUAAUCAAAAAUUAAAUUAAAUUUAAUGUAAAAAAAAAAAAAACAAGUUAAGGAAGCGAGCAACUUUAUGGAACCAAGCAAAUGCAACAAAAACUAUAAACUACAUAAAUCUAAUUUUCUAAUUGAGAAAAUCAAAACUUUUUCCAAGCUUUGAGCUAAACGUGAACUUUAAUAUAUUUCCCAUAAACUAUUUAGCAGAGAUUAACUAAGUAUUUAAAAAUAUUUGCUAAAGAGUUCUUCUGUUCUUUUUUAGAAGUUUUACAUAUAUGUGUAGUGUAGUAGUACAGUGUAAUCUCGUUAAUCUCGAAAAAGCUCUAUUUCUUUGACUAGAGAUUUGCGUACAAAGCAAACACUUUAGAAACUGUCGGAAAACUUGGCAUAUUUCUUCUACUUCAGAUGGCUUUAGAUCCAUUGAAUUUUGUGUGUGUUUAAAAUUUGUGUGUCUUCCCUAUAUUUUGUAUAUACAUAUACAUAUAUAUAUAUACAUAUACAUAUAUAUGUAGAAUAUAUAAGAGAGUCCAGUAUGGAAAUCCAUUGCAAUGUAAGGAAUUUGAGUGUCAUCCACAAAGCAUAAUUCGCAAUGUGGACAAAAGCACAAACAAUAAUAUUUGUAAAUUAAAAAAUAUCUUAUUAGAAUUGUUUAUAUGUGUGUGUAUAUAAGAUUAAU